CGAAAACAAGCCGGCAAAGAGGAAAGUUCCCUGUCCCCUUUCUUCAUAAAAUGACUCCAUCCACUGUUGUUGCAUCUAAGCAGAGCAGGAGCUUUCGAUUGAAAAGAUGGCGUUAAUGCAGAGCAAUAAGGCAGGGCCUUCUAAGUCGCCCUUACACAGGAAUUUCCAUGGCCGCUUCGAGUACGAUGUCUUCUUGAGCUAUCGAGGAGAAGAUACCCGCAAGAACUUCGCCGGACUUUUCCGUCAUAUCCUUGAUCAGAAAGGCAUACACGCCUUCUUUGACGACUUAGAUUUGCAGAAGGGGGAGAAAAUUGAGGAGAUAUUGGAGGCAAUAAGCAGGUCCAGGUUCUUGGUUCCCAUCUUCUCCCAGAACUAUGCUGAAUCUAAGUGGUAGAAGUUGCCAAGAUGGUAGAAUGUCGUAAGGAUGGUGGGCAAGAGAGGCUUAUCGUUCCUGUCUUUUUUGACGUCAAUCCGAAGGACGUCCGACACCAGAGCGGCCCAUUCAAGGCCGCCUUUUUGAAGCACAAGAAGGAAAGAAGGGAAGAGGUAGAUGGAUGGAAGCGCGCGCUGGAAUACGUUGGAGGAAUUUCCGGCUAUGAUCUCAAAGCCUACAAUGGAAACCAAAGCGAACUUGUCAGUUCAAUGGUUGAAAAGAUUCAGACUGUUUUGGCAUCGAAGAUGCCCCUUGAUCAGGAGGAAGAAUAUCUUGUUGGUCUUGACCGCCGUAUAGAAAAGAUGAUGGAGCUUAUGGACAUCCAAGUAAAAGACGUCCGGAUCAUUGGAAUCCAUGGCGUCGGUGGCGUGGGGAAAACUACACUUGCCAAGGCCAUCUAUAAUAAAUGCCAUCACAAGUUUCAGGCGAGUAGCUUCAUUGAAAACGUAAGAGAGGUUUACAAAUCUAAAGGACCAAUGGAGCUCCAAAAGCAGCUUAUUCAGGAUUUUUCGCAUGACAAACAUAAAAUAAAUGAGAAUAUCUCAAGUAAAGCGGUCGGAAUGAUUAAACAAAAGGCUAGUAAGAAAACUGUUCUUCUUGUUCUUGAUGAUGUCGAUGAUAAAAAUCAGCUCGAUGCUUUGGCUGGCAAGAGAGACUGGUUUCAUCCAGGAAGUAGAAUCAUCGUCACUACGAGGCAAGCGGAGAUACUUAAAUUUGCAGGUUUGCAGGAUGAUGCUGUUUAUAUGGUUGAGGAAUUGGAUGGGGAAGAAUCGCUUCAGCUAUUCAAAUAUCAUGCAUUUGGAGAUCAAGAACCCCAAGAAAAGUAUACCAAGUUAUCCAAGGAAGUCGUAUCAAUUAGCAAUGGGCUGCCAUUAGUUGUCCAAGUGUUUGGUUCACUUUUUAAGACAGCCGAAACGCCAGAGGAAUGUGACGAGUUGCUGAAAGACUUGAGAUCACGUCGUCAAGUUAGCGAAGUUCAUGAAAAAUUAAGAAUAUGUUAUGAUAGUUUAAAAUGGAAUGAGCGGUACAUCUUCUUGGAUAUUGCAUGCCUUCUUGUCGGCAAAAGUUCAGAGGACGCCAUCUAUAUGUGGGAUGGUGACAAUCUUUUGCCACACCUAGCUAUAAGGAGCUUGCAAAAUAGGUCCCUUAUUAAGAUUAACAAGGGAAAGUUUGAAAUGCAUGACCAAAUACGAGACAUGGGAAGAGAAAUCGUUAUGACAGAAAAUCCUUCUCACCCUGAAAAGCGCAGCAGAUUAUGGUGUGAAGAAGACGUGGUGAAAGCUUUAACCAAGCUUCAGGGAAACAAGAUUCAAGGCAUCCUUCUCGACUCACGUGAGGAAAGCAAGGCUAAAUUGAGCACUGAAGCCUUUGAAUUGAUGUCCGAAAUUAGAAUACUACUUAUCAACUCGGCCAACUUCAGUUAUUCUGAAUUUCAGCAUCUUCCUACAAGUUUGAAAUGGUUAGAAUGGAAAGGUUGUCCCUUGCCAACAUUUCCACUUGAAAGCAAGUUUAAAAGCAUUGUGGUCCUUAACCUUUCUCGGAGUUUUAUCAGCCAAUUGUGGACUGAAACAGCAACAUGGUCAAAGCUCAAUAUCCACGAAAGAGGUUUGCAUUUGAUUCAAUAUAUGUAUAGUAGUUGGCACUCUAAUAUAAUGUUUAACAUUCAAGAGUGUUGCUUAUUGACUAACAUUCAUACACCAUUUUGCCUGUUGUUUGAUGGACUCAAAGUUCUUGACCUCUCCUGCUGUGGUUGUCUCAAUGUCACUUCCAAUUUUACUAUGGCACCAAAUCUGGAGAAGCUUAUACUUGAUGAAUGUUACAUGUUGAAGGAAGUUGAUGACUCCAUUGGAUCUCUAAAAAAGUUGGUCUUUCUCAGCAUAAGGGAGUGUGUGUCUCUGGAGAAACUACCCAGUGAAAUAUAUGGGUUGAGUUCUCUUGUAGUUUUCAACCUUGAAGGAUGCAGCAAUCUUGUCGCUUUUCCACAAUUUCCACCAACAAAUUCCAUUAUUGGCUUUCCGAAACUUGAGCAGCUCAUCUUGCGAGAUUGCCAAAGCCUUGAAGUUCUACCUGACCUUCACAAGUUUCAGUCUUUAAGAAGCCUGCACAUAGAUGGCUGCCAAUGUCUUGACCACAGAAGGAAACAUUUAUUUGAGAAUGUGGCAUUUGGAGAAUGGGAUGAACUCAGCAUUUCUGGAACUCGAACACCGUCUUAUGAGCAAGAAUUUUCUUUCCUGCUUCCAGUUGGCUCUAUUAAUGAUCCCUUGCUUUUACAACAGUUACAGUGCCAUGGUUAUGGUGAUCCAUGCGAGAACAGAACCAUAAAAUUGCAUGUUUGUCAUGAAGAUACGGUAAAUCGUGGGGUGAUUUUGGAGACUAUGCAUGAAGCUCACUGUGACAAUUCCAUGUAUAAGGACAAUGUGUAUACUGACAGCUAUACAAUCAAUUUUGGUAGGAACGAUAAGAUAAAUGAGGUUCCAAGGGGCAAAACCAUAAUUAUGAAGGUAAGGCCUGCCGACAAUUUUGAGCUAAGAAAAGUUGAUGUCAAAGUUCAAAAAAGAAGCAAGUUUAGUGACGAGAACAUGAAAACAUUCAUCAGUGUAAGUAGAAGAGAUUUUCAGAAUGAACUCUCGAUAUUCUUCAGUCUCCAAGAAGUAGAUAAACUUCAUGCCAUUAAAUAUUCAACGAGGAUCGAGAAACGCAAAGAUGACAUGGACACGCAAAUGAGUGUCCAAUGCAGAGAACAAAUGCUGUUUUUUGAUUGGACUAUUGAGGAACUUAUUAUCCUUACCAUGAUUUUUGGUGAUAUCAAAGCUUCAUGGUAUGAACAACGACAUGGAACUGGGUUGCCACGACAAGAAACUGCAAAGGUUUUUAACAAAUUAAAAGUUCUCAAUCUCUCUUCUUGUAAGUUUCUUGUCAAGGCACCUGAUUUAUCUCAGAUCCCAAAUUUGGAGGAGUUGAUUCUUGAUCAUUGUGAAUGCUUACUUGAAAUUGGUGAAUCCAUUGGACUGCUGAAAAAUCUCAUUUUAUUGAGCAUGGUUGGAUGUGCAAAUCUAGGUGCUCUCCCCUAUGGAAGUUUGCAACUGAAUUCCCUUCAACUACUUAGCCUUGAAGGUUGUUCAAAAAUCAAGAUCCUACCUGAAGCAGGCAUGAUGGAUGUAAGGUUGGAGAGUCUACAACGGCUUAUACUUGAUCAUUGCACUUCAUUAACAGAAAUACCAGAUUAUGUUGGAGGGCUCAAGUGCCUACAUUGCCUAUCCUUGAAAGGUUGUUCCUCACUUAAAGAAAUGCAUCGCUCCAUUGGAAGUUUGGUGGUCUUAGAGGAGCUCAUACUUGAUCAUUGCACUGCAUUAAUGGAAAUGCCAGAUGAUUUUGGAGGACUGCUCAAGUGCCUACGUCGCCUAUCCUUGGAAGGUUGUUUUUCACUUGAACGACUACCUCUUUCCAUUAUGAGUUUGGUGGUCUUAGAGGAGCUCAUACUUAAUCAUUGCACUUCAUUAAUGGAAAUACCAGAAAAUGUUGGACGACUCAAGUGCCUACGUCGCCUAUCCUUGGAAGGAUGUUCCUCACUUAGAUGGCUACCACUUUCCAUUAUAAGUUUGGUGCUCUUAGAGGAGCUUAUACUUGAUCAUUGCCCUUCAUUAACAAAAAUACCAGAUGUUGUCGGAGAACUCAAGUGCCUACGUCGCCUAUCUUUGCAAGGUUGUUGCUUACUUCGAUCCAUUGGAAGGUCGGCAACAACACAACCAGAUUGGCUAGGCAACUUUAAGAGCUUAAUUUACCGUUGGCAAUUGAAAUCAGUGCCCGAUCUUUCAAACUUGACAGCAUUGGAGGAGCUGAAUUUAGAAAACUGCCGGAGACUCGUCUCAAUCCAUGGCUUGCAGAAGUUGAGAUCACUGAAAGUCCUACACAUGAAUGGCUGUUGGGAUCUUGAUGUCCAUAAGAUUUGGUCGCAGUUGAAGGAGGCAGCCUUUGAUGAUCUCCAGGCAUUCAGUAUUGGUUCCGCAUUCAGUAUUGGUUUCAGCUUGGACGGGGAACGUGUGAACACAAUAUCUCUUCCGUUUUCGAGGGGAGGGUGCAUGAGGAACGAGCCCCUGCAACUUAAAAGAAUGGACGUUUUUGUUUGGAAACUGGUCGAGUCUGAAACAAUGGACGUUGGAGACAGAGUCGAAGAAGAUGAUAGCGUGCUAAAUGUUGGUGUAGCUGUAGGGUCACGUCUCUUCCCAGCUGCUCCGGUCCAGAUGGCCCUACAAUUAAGGGAGGACCUUGAAGCCCAACAAAGAGAGGGUCCUUAUUACCGUUAUUGGCGUUCGUACACAACCAGGUUUGGGAAGGACCGUUCUGCCCCAGGUUUGGCCUGGCUUCUGAAGUUACUCGAUGCCCUACUUUGGAUUGCGACGGCAGUCAUUGCCCUAUUAGAGAAGUACGAUGAUUUCCGUUCAUACACAGGCAGGUUUUGGGAGGACCGUUAUUUCCGUUCAUACACAUACACAGGCAGGUUUGGGCAGGACCGUUAUUUUCGUUCAUACACAGGCAGGUUUGGGAAGGACGAUGAGAUAAAUCAGUGCUUGAGAGUAGAGGCAACAUAUCUUCCCAGGACCCAACGGUCUUGCUGCUGGGAGCUAACAUAUCGUUUUGCACUUGAACCUGUUGCCUGUAUCAUUUAAAUAUUUAACUUUUUUUUUUUUUUUUUUUUUUUAAUGACACCGAGCAGAAGCGUCUGCCAGUUUUGAUGGCACCAAAAGUUUCUUGAUCUCGUGAAACAAAUCAUGAGCAUAUGGAAAAAAUGACAAGUGUCUAGCUGAACAGACGGUGCUCAGAAUGGUGCGAGCUAGCACAUGGUUUCGCCCGCUGAUAUUAUCAAAGGUCGCUAGUUUAGUAGCAAUUGGUCUUUAUUGGGAUCAUUAGGCAGCUAGC